CAUCCUCCCCCUUCAGCGGAAAUAGCCGAGCCUAGGAUAAAAACCGAGAGAAGCACAGCAGUUAUCACACUUCAUCUUCAAUAUCCGCCGACGACAAUUGUUUCUAGAGGGAGAUUCAGAACUAGCAACAUACCAUACACAAGGACAAGAAAAGAUCCAGACACAACCAUGGCCAAAGUAUUGGGAAUGCUGCUCCUCCUGUCAGCUCUCUGCUGCUCCCUAGCGGACAAAGUUGAGCUUCGUCACACCAAAAGAGGGACAAGAUACUAUAAAGGGCGGUGUGUGGAUGGCCAUUCGGCUGUGGUGCGUGGUUUUGGGGACACGUGGUUGAGAUUGAGUGGCCCGCGUGUGGAGCGCUGCACCUGUGCAUCACGAGGACGACAGCGCUGUCACGAUGUGCCAGUCAUCACCUGCUAUCAGUCAAGCUGCUACAACGGGGGAACCUGUAAGGAGGCGGUCUACUCCUCUGACUACCUGUGCAAGUGUCCACCAGGCUUCACUGGGGCUCAGUGUGAGAUCAACACCACUGAGAAGUGUGUGGUGGGCCAGGGUAAAGGGUACCGUGGUACGUGGAGCAUCAGUCGGACCGGCUCAGAGUGUAUCAACUGGAACUCCACAGCCCUCAAAGGGAAGACGUUCACAGCUAAGAGACCAGAGGCGAACAGCCUGGGGCUGGGCAACCACAACUACUGCAGGAAUCCAAGCGAUGAUACUAAGCCAUGGUGUCAUGUCUACAAGGGAACCCAGAUAGCCUGGGAGUUCUGUACUCUUUCCAGCUGCCCUGCAGACCAGAGCCCAGUGGAGUGUGUUCAGGGCGCAGGGCAGACGUAUAGGGGGACGACGGCCAUCACUAAGAGGGGCUACAGCUGUCUCGCCUGGGACUCACCCCUCAUCACCCACAAGUUCUACAACGCAUGGAGGUCUGAGGCCAGAGAGCUGGGGCUGGGAAGUCACAACUUCUGCAGGAACCCAGAUGGUGAUCUCGGCCCCUGGUGUCACGUCUACAGAAACAUGAAGCUCACCUGGGAGCUCUGUAACAUCACCAAAUGCCGGAGGAGACCUACUACCAUCACUACUCUAGGCCCCAGGGCUCCCACCAACAACAACAACAACAACAGAGGUACCUGUGGACAGCGUGCUGACAACAAUCACAGUCGCCCCUCCUUCCGUAUCCUCGGGGGGGCCCAGCAGAGUGACAUCACAGAGCAGCCAUGGCAGGCAGCCAUCAACGUGUUCCGGUCCACAUACAAAGCACACUUCUUCCUGUGUGGAGGGGUCCUCAUAGACUCCUGUUGGGUCCUCUCUGCUGCACACUGCUUCGACGAGGGGUUUAAACCAGAGCAUCUGCAAGUGGUACUGGGUCAGACGUUUCGUAAGAACUCCUCCAGCAGUGACCAGAUCUUUGAGGUGGAUAAGUACUGGACCCACGAGAAAUACAACGAGGAAACCUUUGACAACGACAUUGUCUUACUGAAGUUGAAGAGUGAUAUUGGCCUGUGUGCUGUGAACUCCCCGGAGGUCCUGCCCGCCUGUCUGCCUGACCCAGGCCUGGUACUGCCUGACUGGACCGAGUGUGAGAUCUCUGGUUACGGCAAAGAGAAGGAGUUUGAUGCGAUGUACUCUGAGCGGGUGAAGAGGGGUCACGUGAGGUUGUGGCCUCAGGACCGCUGUGUCCCUAAUGUCUUAUCUGGGCGUCUGGUCACCUCCAACAUGCUGUGUGCCGGGGACACCCGGGGUCUGGUUGAUGCCUGCAAGGGGGACUCUGGCGGUCCUCUCGUCUGUCCCAAGGAUGGGAAGAUGACUCUGAUGGGGCUGAUCAGCUGGGGUGAUGGCUGUGGGAAGAAAGACACGCCCGGGGUGUACACACGUGUUACACAAUACACUGACUGGAUCAGCAGCAAGAAACAGGAAACUAGCCAGUAAACAAACACACAAACACACACACAAACAGUACAUACACCCGGAGAGAACUUGUGAGAGAAUUCAUCUGACUCCUGUCCAUCAAUCACAAUGCCUUAACCGAGGAAUGGACAACCACUCAAUGCACAAGAGGAACCUCCAGUACAUUGUUUAACUCUUGGGCUGAGAGGGAGAAUGCAGUAAGGUCAGAAGAAACUCACUACACCUCCAAAGAGAAUAGACUGUUACUCAGUCCAGCUCAGUAACUUCCAGCUGAUUCCUGUUCUACCCAGAGCUAUAUGUAAAGUAUAUAUUUAGGAAUAUGGCUCUGCUUCCACCACUCCAUAUGCAGCUUAUAGAAUGUUGGACAUGUACUUUGCACAUAAGGUUCCAUAGGAAUGUAUAUAGCCACUCCAAUUAACAUUUCCCAGUUCAUUUAGAGUUCAUUUUACAUGGGUGGCCUGCUGUUUGAAUUGAAUUUUGCUAUGUUACCCACCUACCCCACUAUAGCACUAACCACAAAACAAUCUGCUGGAUCAGAGUCAAUCUAAGACAGCAGCUACAUUCCAAACUGACAACUCAACCCCAUCCCUCUGUAUUUGUUGACUCCCUCAGCCCCUAACAGUUCUCAAUAGGCGUAGGAAAUAUGGGAGCCCACCUUCCAGAUGCUUGAAAGGCACGAAUUAAGGCGUUGAGUUGUCAGAUUGGAAUAUAGUUAAAGCCUGAACACAGCCACCAUUAUCUGUCUCCAUUCCAUAAGCGUUGGGUUGAGCCCAGCGAUCAGCAUAUCCAGUCUUUUAAAGUUGGAUUUAUGUUGAAAAGGACUGGGAGGUGUUUGCAUCUAACGAAAGCUCUUUCACUGCAAAGCUUUUGGACUCCACCUCCCUCACAUAGUACAGUAUUUGUUCAUGUUUGAGUGAGUGUUCAUAUUAUUUAUUAUCUCAAAAAUAUAUACCCUCUCAAGGACAGUAAUGUUUAAUAUUUGUAUUUUACAUGUGUGUAUUAAGUUAAUAUUUAUGUCUAUUCCUGUUACAGUUUUUUUCUACUGUAAUAGUUUAUGCAGUUUUUUUUGUAGUUCAAUGUGUAGAGUUCUGAAAGAGUUGUUUAUGUUUAUAAUUUAUUUUUGGGGCUAUCAUAACCUUUUUCUGAGAAAGACAUACACCCAUCUUUUUAAAUAAAGAACAUUAAAAUAACA